UUCAGUCGUUUUUCCGAAAAUCACAAAUUCACACUUACACGCAGGUUGGAAAUAUAAAAUUAUAGAUAGCAAUCCGGUUGCUUGGCAUUUGUUUAAGAGCCGGUAACCACACCGGUAGCCACUGGCAACCAACGGCGUUGUCAUCGCCUCCGUCAAUAAAGAAACAACAACAACAAUAAGAAGAACAACUGCUCGGCUGGUACAAAUUACAAUCAAAAUUUAAAAGGGCUUGCAAGCGUCCCCUAGAAGAAGUAGCUGGAAAUUCUACAAAAUGCCACCAAAGGGUAAAAAGGGAAAAAAGGGCAAGAAGCUGCCAGUGCUCAUCGAUGGCGUGGAUACCUCCGCGAUGACUCGCGAUCAGCUGGAGGCAUUUGCGCUGCGCCUGAAAGCGGAAAUGGAUCGGGAGCGGGAAGAGCGCAAUUACUUUCAGUUGGAACGCGACAAGAUACGCACCUUCUGGGAAAUAACGCGCCAGCAGCUGGAGGAGUCCAAAUUCGAGCUGCAGCAAAAGGAUAAGGAGAUCGAGGCCACACAGGAUUUGGCGGAUAUCGAUACCAAGCACAUUAUGCAGCAGAUGAAGCAUCUGCAGUUCGAGAACCAUAGCAAACUGGGUGAGGUGCGCGCCGAGGCAAUGACUCAGCUGAAGGUGGCCCAGGAGCAUCAUUUGCUACAGGAACUGGAGCUGCAGACCGACAAGCGCCAGCUGCGCCGCAUUGUGCGCGAGCGCAUCGAGAUGAGCGAUAUGCAGCAUCGCCAACUGGAGGCACACUUCAAUCAGCAGCUGCUAGAGCAACGCCUCCUGUUUGAAAGUGAGCGCAAGGAUAAUGAUCGCCUGCACGAGGAGAAGAUGAAGGAGCAACGCAGCAAGCUGGAGCUGUUCUUCAACUCGCAAAUGUUUGAGGUGGAGGAGCGCAAGAAUCAGCAGAUUAAGGAUCUACAAGAUCACCAUGAUCUGGCAUUUAACGACAUGAAAAACUAUUAUAACGACAUCACAUUGAACAAUCUGGCACUCAUCGGUAGCAUGAAGGAGCAAAUCGAGCAGCUGCGUCGCCAGGCAGAUCGUAGCGAUCGCAUCGCAGCCGAGGCGACCACAGAAACUCGCCGACUCAAGGAGCCGCUGGAGCAUGCCAAGACGCAUCUGAAGGAGCUGCAGCGUAAGCUGGAGUUCUAUGAUCGCGACAAGCUGCAGCUAAGUCGCCUGAAGAAGAGCAACAUCAUCUUGGAGAAGAAGGUGAAGAGUCUCAUGUGGGAAUCGGAGACACUUUUGCUGCGCAACGAUGCUCUCGUUGGCGAGCGAGCCAAUCUAAAGGCUCGAUUCAACGAGGUCAUCGUUGAAUUGCAGCAGAAGACUGGCCUCAAGAAUGUCCUGCUCGAGCGCAAGAUUGCAGCUCUGAUGCGCGAGGAUGAGAAGCGCAGCAUAAUCAUGCGCAAGACGAUCGCCACCUGUGCCCCCGAAUUCGCCGACAAGCUGGAGAAUGUGGAGAAGACCGUCAGCGAUGUGGUCGACACCAAGAACCAGACCAUUAUCGAUCUGCGCUACGAGCUGGCCAAGGCCUGGAAGGCCCACGACGACCUCCUCGAGACAUACGAGUGCAAACUCAAGCAAUAUGGCAUCCCCACCGAUGAGCUCGGCUUUGAGCCGAUACGUGAAAGGACCAACCAACAGCUCUACAUAUGCGGCCCCGCCGGCAUUGUCACUGAGAACAAGUCCAGCGCCUUGGCUAGCGCCAUGUUGCGUUCGCAUUUAUUGCAACACGUGUGCCUGCGUCUUCCACUGCGAUAUGUUGCACUUGGGGCUGCUGCUGCGGUGCCAGCGGCACAUGGAAGCCUCCAUUAUGCAAUGCCAAUAGCCAGCAGGAGAGGAAUGCCGGCGCUGCUCCCAGUUGCGAGUAGCUACACGUCAAUGGCAGCCGCAGCAGGAACAAAAGCAGCAUCCACAAGCAAGAAGCGCUCGCGAAAAGGCAGCGACGGCGUAUCAACUGUUGCCAGCAUCGAGGAUUUGUGGGCGCAGCUGGAGCAGCACUAUCAGCAGCACAGUGUGCUUCGUUAUGAGCACUGCGAACGCAUUCUGCAGCUACUGGAGGCUAAUCGUGCUGGGGAGCGGCCGGGACUUAAUUCCGGGCAGCUGCAUUUUCUGCUGGGCGCUUGUGUGCCGGAGCUGCUGCCCGUGCAGAGCAGCAGCGAGCGCCUGGAGAUAUUUCGGCGCCUGUGGACGCAGCUGCUCAAGGUGGAACAGCCUACUGUGUCGCACUAUCAUACACAGCUGCAGAUGCUGCAUCAGAACCAGCUGUCGCUACCCGAUCAUCGGGCACUGCUCACCGAGAUUGCCACCUACAAUGGCCCAGCGGAUGCAGCACUGUAUAGCGCUCUGCUGGACGUGGCCGGUGCCAGUGGCAACAUGCGUCAGGCCACUGAACUGAUAAGUGAGAUGCGUGAGCGCAGCUUUCCGCUUUCCGAGCGCAACUUUCAUGCUCUACUGUUGGGACAUGCGCGCAGUGGAGAUUUACCCGGCGUGGAGGCGGUCCUAAACAGCAUGCGGGCGGCGGGCAUUACGCCCACUCUGAGCACCCAGGCCCUGUGUUUUGUUGCCUAUGUGGAAAACGCCGAGCUGAGCAAGGCGGGCGAAUUGCUAAAGCAGCACGCCGGCAGCUUCAAUGCGCCGCAGCUGCUGCAAAUGCUGCGUGCGGUGCUGAGCCAGAAGAAGGUGGACGAGAAGUUAAUGCAGCAACUGAUGGUUGAACUGCCAUCAGAGUAUGUGGCUGGCGUGGAUGUGCCUCCGGCAAUAAACAGCCUCUGUAUUCAGCUGCUGCACAAUGGGCAGGCAGAGCUAAUGAUUCAGCUGAUUGGCAUGCUGCCGGCACCCAAAUACAACGAGAACCAAAACAUCGAUGGCUUUGCGGCGUUGUUGCUGCAGGAACUCUUCCGGGCGCGUACACCGCUCAACCAGAUGAUUCAGUUUGCCACCCAGUUGCGACAGCGGGGUCAAAACACACGCGCUUUGGAGGUGCUUGCAGAGCUGGCAUUGCGCCGCCAACCGGCCAUUGCGUUGAGUUGUCUGGAGGCCCUGAAUGCCGCCGGCGAGCCACUGCGUCCGCACUACUUCUGGCCGCUGCUGCUGCAGCAGCACAAGCUCGAGGGUGAGAGCGGUGUGCUCCGGCUGCUGGGCGAUAUGCAGCGCCUGGGCGUGGAGUGUGACGAGCAAACGCUGCGUCUUUAUGUGCUGCCCCAUCUGUGGCAGACGCUGCAACAGCCGCUGCAAGCAUUGCAGCAACUAGACGCCGUGGGCGUACGCGCCUCUCAGGCACUGGUUCAUGUGCUUGCCCAGCUAUUGCAGCACCAGCAACUGAUUGAAGCGCUGGAGCUGCUCCAGCGUUAUCCGACGCGAGUUCAGCCUUUGCUACUGCUUCAGCCACUGGCAGCGCUGGCCGUGCACAUGCGGGCCACCAAGCGCUACGAACUGUUCGCCCAGCUGACGCAGGCAUUACAGCAGCGGUCGCUGCAGCGCCAGGAGGAUUUCGUUGGGUCGCUGCUGCUGCAGAUGUGCGCACCACAGACGCGUCUGCGCCAGGAGCCGGCUGCCUUAUUGCGAUUCGUGCACGAACUGCAUCGCCUGCAGCUGCAGCUGUCGCCAGCAGCGGCCGAGUCAUUGCUCAGCUUGGCGAGCAACAGCGAUGCAGACAUCCGCCAAACGCUGGCCAAAACGCUGCAGAAAAUGCGCAAUCCAGAGUUGACGCUGCCCGCGGACAUAGCUUCAGCGGCUGGUGGCUUCAUCAAGCAUCCGCGCGACAUGUCGCUGGACGAACUGGAGUGUCAUCUGAUUGAGCUGGAGGCCAAGCAGCUGAACACUCGCGGAGUCCUGCGCCGCCUGCUGCAGCUGAGCGUGCGCGAUGGUCGGCUCGAGCGCGCCCUCGAGCUGUUGACCAAAUGCGAGGCGUUGCACGUCCAAACCAGUCCCGGCAUGCUGGCCUCCAUUCUCGACCUGCACAUUAAGCUGAAGAAUCUGCCGCGCGCACAGCAGAGUUUGCAACGAUUGCAGACAACGUAUCCAGGCUUUCUGGUGGAUGAGCAUAAGCUGAUUGACUACGCGGCUCUGCUAGUGGCGGAGGGACAACUGGAUGCGGCCAAAGAGCUGCUGCAGAAGCGCUCCGAGCAGCACAAGAUCACCGGUGGCGACUAUGUUAUCAAGAAUGUCUGGCAGCUGCUCAAUAAUGUUGCACAAAUGGCAGCCAAGGAAUCCGCAUCAGCAUCCGCAACCUCUUCUGAGUCUGCUGGUCGCAGUCUCACGCUUGAAACGUUUCAGUUCCUGCGCAAGCUUGGCUAUUGCCAGUCGCAUAAUGCGCUCCUGGGUCCCGUUGUGCGCGAGUGGCUGCUUCGCGGUGAUAUGGAUGGUGCGGUGGCAGAGUUCCAGCGCCUGGCCACCCGCCACAAUCACACGCCGCUGCAGUUUGAGCUGCUAUCACUAUUGGUGAAGCUGAGCAAUGGCGACGCAACGGAGCUGGCUCGGUUUCCGGGCACAACGAAAGAGUCGGCACAGCAGAAUUUGGUCACGGUUACAUCGACGGUCAGUCGCGUGCAUGGCGCAGCCAACAUGAACAGCGCCCUGCUGCUGGCGCUGGCCGAGUCCGGCACUGAGACGCAGCUGCGCCGGCUCAUUAUCAAUCCGGAAUUCCGUAUCAAUCACGAACUGCUGCUCAAGAACUGUGAGCACCUGGGCCAGGAGGGCGCCGUGCGCACACUGCUCCGUUUGGCGCGUGGCGUCCGUGGUCUGCAGCGUACCAUCGACGAGCAGCGCAUUUACGACAUGCUGCUAGCCCAGUUCGCCAAGACCAACAACUACGAGGGCGCCUUAGACCUCUACGAGCGCCUGCAGGCCGACGACGAAUUGAAGGUAUCACAAGAGUUCAUCCGAAAUCUGGUGAAACUGUUACAGCUGAACAAUGUUGAGAUUCCCAGCAGCAUUGCGAUGCGUGCUCAGAUUAGAUAGGGACACAUUGCUUUAUACAUAAUAUAAACUUGAUAACUGUUAUUGUUUAUCUCUUGUAUGCAACAUAAGUAAAUUAACACUUAAUAUUUAUAAGAUGAAUUUUGCUUAGAAAACUGUUGUCGAUGUUUAUUUCAACAAGUUUUCAAGUAAAUGUUCCUGCUAUGCUCAUAGCCUUCCAUACAUCAGAACUGCGAACUGUGAACGCUUCUGUUUCUGGCAGUGGCAAGAAAUUAUAUGAUGCAUUGAAGAAUGUACAUUCAAAUCCAUAAA